UACAGCCGGAAGGAUGAUUUGGUCAUUACGUAAUUCAUGCUUUCCGAACUAUACCUUUAUCAAAAAUUUCAUCUUCUAAUUUAUUUGUCCCCUUUCCCAUUUACUCAAGAUAGCACGAGUAUUACUCUUAUUAUGGUUCAAAUUUGGGAAUAAAGGAGAAGUUGCAUCCUUUGGGUAAUGAGUUGUUUAACGCUGCAAGCGAGCGCGCUAACCUUCCCUGCCCUGCCAUACUCAAACACCCUUUCUAAUGAUUCCCAGGAUAAUGCCAGUAAGAACAUUAGUAGCAUAUCUUUGUUACGGAAAUACAGAACUUUCAAAGAAAUUCCUCCAAUCCACGCUAAUAUCCUUAAAAAUGGCCACCAGAAUGACCCCUUUAUCGUAUUCGAGCUGCUUCGCAUGUGUUCCAAAACCAGUUCAAUUAACUAUGCUUUCUAGAUUUUCCACCAUAUCAGGGAACCCAACGUCUAUCUUUACACUGUCCUCAUUGAUGGCCUCGUGUUAUCUGGAUUAUAUCUUGACAGCAUUAGAAUUUACUGUCAAAUGGUUGAGGAUCUUAUUUUACCGGACAACUAUGUAAUCAGUUCCGUACUCAAGGCAUGCGGGUUUCAAAUGGAUUUGAAAUUUGGUAGGGAGAUUCACGGCCAGGCUACCAAACUUGGGUUGUGCUCAAACCGCUCUGUCAAGUUAAGGUUAAUAGAACUUUAUGGGAAAUGCCGCGAAUUUCAAGAUGCGAAGCGGGUGUUUGGUGAAAUGCCUGAGAGAGAUGUGGUCGCCGCGACUGUAAUGAUUUCGUGUUAUAGCGAUCAUGGAUUGGCCGAGAAGGCGGUUGAUGUUUUUAAUUUGGUGAGGAUUAAGGACGCGGUUUGUUGGACUGCAAUGAUCGAUGGAUUGGUAAGGAAUGGGGAAAUGAGCAAGGCUUUGAAGUUUUUCAGGCGUAUGCAGAGGGAGGGUGUGAGACCAAAUGAAGUUACCUGUGUUUGCAUCUUAUCUGCAUGCGCACAGUUGGGAGCAUUAGAACUUGGUAAAUGGGUUCAUUCUUACCUGGAGAUGCAUGAUAUUGAUGUUAAUCAUUUAGUUGGCUCGGCUUUGAUCACCAUGUAUUCACGGUGUGGGGAUAUUGAUGAAGCUGAGAGAAUCUUCAAUGUUUUGCGAGAAAGAGAUGUCACCACUUACAAUUCAUUGAUUAUGGGGUUUGCGUUGAAUGGGAAGAGUGGAACGGCUGUUGAGAUGUUUCAAGGAAUGAUAACCAAAGGGAUCAGACCAACCAACAUUACCUUCAUUGGUGUUUUGACUGCAUGUAGUCAUGGUGGUUUGGUGGAUUUGGCAUUUGACAUCUUUGACAGCAUGGAAACAAAACAUGGAAUUGAACCCGAAAUUGAGCACUAUGGAUGCAUGGUCGAUCUUCUUGGCCGAGUUGGUCAUCUCGAGGAUGCUUACAAGUUCAUCUGGAGUAUGAAAAUAACCUCAGACCAUAUAAUAUGGGGAUCACUGUUGAGCGCUUGCAGAAUUCAUAAGCAGUUCGAUAUAGGAGAAAGAGUUGCACAAGUUCUAGUUGACAUUGGAGAUGCCGAUUCAGCUACCUUUAUUCUUCUCUCCAAUUUCUAUGCCGCUCAGGGAAAAUGGGAAGCGGUGGCACAAGCAAGGGCAAAGUUGAAGGAUGGUGGUGUAUGAAAGGAACCAGGUUGCAGUUCUAUUGAAGUGGAAAAUGAGAUUCAUGAGUUCCUUCUGGGAGACACUAGACACCCGAAAAGGGAAGAAAUCUACAAAAAACUUGAGGACUUGAACCAGAUGUUGAGGUUAAAGGGUUAUUCUCCAGAUACAGAGGUGAUUUCACAGGAUAUUGGGGAUCAAGAGAAAAAGUGGGCUUUAGCCAUACACAGUGAGAGGCUUGCAAUAUGCUAUGGAUUGAUUUCCACCAAGCCACAUACCACAAUAAGGGUUGUAAAAAAUUUGAGGGUUUGCAGUGACUGCCAUUCUGCUAUCAAGCUCAUUACAGAAAUAACUGGGAGAAAUAUUGUCUUGAGAGAUCGCAAUAGGUUUCACCAUUUUGAAAAUGGUAUCUGUUCUUGUGGUGAUUAUUGGUGACAAAAAAUGAAAAAGAAAGGAGAGGGAAAUUUUCUGGUCACACUUGUAGACUUGGUGGUUGUAUCUGUCUCUUUCUGUUUCAGUUAAAACCUUCUAGCCACCCUCUUGGAUGAUUAGUAGCACAUCAUUGGCCACGUGACUAGAUGUACUUGAGGAGUAAUUGAGGAUGUGAGGGAGGUGGAAGAAGAUGAUGCAGUUCCAUUACAGCUAAUGUAACCUGUCGUAUUUUGCUUGUGUUUGGGAGUUGCGAAGAUAUCUAUCCUCUGUCAUAUGGGCUGCAAACGAGGUGCAGCAUGUAGUAAACUGCAAGCUAAUAGGUUUGGAUAUUGGCAAUAUCACAACCUUUAUGCUAGUUAAACAACAAAAAUGAAUAUUUGUUACUCUUGAGUUAGACAUGGAAGAUUGAGUGAUAAUACAACACGGAAUCUACACCAAUACUUGCCUGCCUCGGCGAUUGUUUUCUUGCUUCACGGAAAUGAUGCAAACAGAGGAUCUGCCACCUCUUCCCUUUCAUCCUUCAGGUCAUCCUGCAGCACCAGCAGCAUCCAAGUGACAGCCCUUGAUGGCAUAAUAAAUGUCAACUACACCUUCGUGGUUGCAGUGUUGUGCGCUAUCUUAGGCCGCCGCCGGCCAGCAGAGUCUUGGGGGGUUCGGCUUGCGAUGCCGACGUUGACGUAGAUAUAGAUAAAGUAAUCUCCUUCAGCUUCUUCCUCUUCUUCAUCCUCGUAGCUCAAGGCCUGAAUCUGGCCAUGUAUCUUCUAUACAGCAAUGAUAUAGAUGAGCCUUGAGAAUCUAUAUGAACAAGCAUGUUUUGAGACAUGGGAUGUUGGCAUCAGCAGUUGGGUCUCUAAUCGGGUGCGCUGUGCGGGUUCUUGAUGCUCCCUAUGGUGGAUGUGGCUCGACUGAGGCUAGGAUCUUUGUCUUGUCGGAGUCAAUUGACAGUUCAAGCAGUGUGCAUUUUUCAUUACUGUGGUGGUACCUGGGAUUUUGGUUUGGGUUUCAAUUAGUCAGCAAGUUUUAGCUCUUCACCCUUCAGUAUCAUUUGAAGAUGGAGUAAUUAGUUGCCUAAGUUUGUGGACUUCGGCAAAUUGUGCGGACUGGAAUUAAUUGAAACUUCCUUUUUUUUUCUUUUCC